AUUCGCUUUUCGCCUGGAUGCUGAAUCCAACCAGCGGACAUGCAUGGACGCACGCGCGAGACGCCUUCCGCUCGCUGCUCGCACUGCACCCGCUCGAAUUGCCACACGAUGCUCGGCUCGGACUGCAGCGCUUUCUAGCACUCGAUCAAGCAUCAUCAUCCACGCUGACGGCGAUCAGCGAGCUCGAAACCGCGCUGAAACACAUUGCCGCUCACUCUGCUCCUCAUGGUGCGAAUGCGAGUGCGGUUGCGCUGGCGACGGCGUUGAUGCUGCUGCCAAGCUGCACAGCCAGCAGCACAGCCGGCACGGUCGACCCAGAGCGCGUCGGGUGGAUGCGAACAGCCGCAGAGUCGCACAUGUUGCGCCCACUGCUCUCAUCCCAAGCCAAACCACCUGUGUCAUCGUCGUCAUCAUCAUCAUCAUCAUCAUCGAACAUCAGUCAGGAUGCCAUCGCAAGCACUCAGGCUGCUGCGACUGCAAUCACACAGAAGACCGGCGCCAAGAAUGCCGCCAAACCACCCAAACCAGCGGCUGCUGGGGCAUCUCCCGAGCUGGCUCGAGCAUUCCUCGAAACUGCAUUGAGCGUUAUUGAAAACCAUCUGGCACACGACUCAAGCACCUUGUGCUCGCACACUCUGGAGACGCUCAGCUUGUGGUCGUCGCUGGUGGAUCGCCACGCAUCGACCAUCGCCGCUGCCUGCACAGUGAGCAGUGGCGUACCGGCAUUGUACACUCGCAUUUUAGCCACGUCUGCCGCGACGCUGCGGUACCUCUUGGAGGGUUUGAAAUCGGCGAGUCUGCGAAUCCGAGAGUUGCUGCAGUCGAGUCUCAACCACCACCACCACCAGCAGCCUGAAGCCGCUCGCACACCAGUGGCCAACCUCAAGCACCUCAGCGAAGCCUUGCAUUCGUCACUCAAGACGACAUUGCAGCUGAUUGCUCUUGGUGGUGGCGCAUUCCGCAACGCUGCGCCGCUCGCCAGUCUCGAAGAGCUUGCCCGCGCGCUUUUGCUGCUUGUCGCAUCGCCGCUCAUAACACGCGAGCCCCAGCAGUUUGCCCUGACUGCAUGGCUGCAUUUGCUGAGCUCAGCCCAAAACCCCGAUCGUGCCGACCAUGGUGACCAGACAGCGAUCUGGGUGCGGACAUUCUCUUCCCUGCUCGCGCCCUGGGCGGAUCAGCCACUCACCGACCCAUCUCCAACCACCCCCGAAGCCGCUCUGGCGACCCCUUUCACUGCCCCUUGCUUUGAGGCUCACUGUUCGCCGUCGUCUCCUGCGGCAGCCAUCACACUUGUGCGGGCAUUGCUGGUGGCCUGCCCCUCGCGCAUCCUGCUCGCCAGGGCAGUCCCGCAACAAGCCAAUUGCCUCAUUGUUCAAAUUCUCCAGGUCAUUUCGUGCUGCCUGACGCUCGGCUCGAGUGCCACCGCUGCCGUUCGCCACAGUGCCCUCCAAACCUUCCGCCUCUGGAUUGAAACGCUCGUCGGCCUCUUCUCGGAAGCCGAUCAGCGGGCGCCUUCUUUGGACCGCAGCGAGCACGUCCCUGUUGAACAUGCGUCCUUGGCGUCCUUGGCGGCGAGCCUUCUCGAGGAGCAACGUGCAGCGCUUGUCACACGUGCCUUGUGGUCGCUUCCAGACUCUGUCACCUCUGAUGCGGCUCAAGCCCUUCGUGCAUACUUUUCCCUGAUACCGCGUCUCACGCGCUUUGCUGGAUGGCCAGUGGAGCAUUCGUGGCGACAAAUCCCUGCAUUUUCGCUCUGCUUUACUCGGAUUUGCCAAGCACCCACACUGUCUCGCCAUCGCUAUGCAUUCCUGGCGGCGUUGGCGCCCUACAUUGUCGUUCAUGAGCUCUUGUCGGCGGUACCCAGCUUUCCAUGGCAGCUCGUUUGUGCCCUGGCCUACGAACAUUGCUGGUCGGUCGUCACGGAUGCAUACUCUGCUCUCUUGACAUCCACACGCGCGGCUGCCUUGCUCACUGCGGACAUUGGAGGACUGUCAAACCACUGGGCCGAUGUAUGGCUGCCCGCGUUUGCCGCUGGCUUGAAUCUGCACCGGCGAGCCGAUAUUUCGCAGCACAUUGCCACGGUUUGGGUCCCCGUCACGCUUCUGGCGAUGCCGGAGGCGCUCGAGCCCCUCUGCCUGCACUUGCUUUCCGCGCAUCAAUCAACGCUCAGUAACCUGUCGGUGACUGUUCGCAGCCCCAGCCCAACGUCGCUCGCCAGCUCGCUCGCAGCCCUAAACCACGAUGCCGUGCUCGAUCUGGAUCUGCUUCCUGCAUGGAAUGGAACGUCCUCUGACAUGCAAGGCAUGGAUUUGGCCGCAGCUUCCUCACUGGCACAGUCAGCCAAGCCCGACUUUGCGCCUGCGCCCCUGGAAAGCCAUCAGCAGCGAGCCGCUCGCGUGAUUAUGCUUGCGCUGCUCACUUGCGCCUCUUCCCUUCGCGCCAGCAAGAUUUUGUGCUUGGCCGACUUUCCGGGCCUGUCUCAUUCGCCAGCUGCUGCGACUACGACCACUUCUUUGGCCGGCAACUCCAUCCUAUCUCAGACUCUUGCCCAGCGUGUGGCGAGCCUGUUCACGCUUGAUUUUAUUGCCAGUGCUGCCACAAGUGGUGAUCCUCUGGUGCAGGCCGCAACACUGACCUUUCUCGCUCCCGUGAAGGCGACCGAACCCUUGACCGUCCCUCUCCUGCAACUUUUCAGCACCGCCAUGCACGCGUGUCUGAACACGUCCUUCCCGCCGCUGCGCUUUGCCCUCAUUGGCAGUGCCCGUCGCAUCUUCACCCUGGUUCGCGCGGCUGCGACCAUCACCUUGCGAACCGUCACACACGAGUGGGGGGUCUUGAACAAGAAACAGGCAAACGUGUCGCUGGAAAGUAUCCUGGAGCGACACCAGUCGCAGGUCGAAAUGUUGCGCGCCGGAAAUGCAUUUUUCGCGGAAACCCUUGACGUCUUGCUUGAAGGAAUUGUUCCUGGAUCCACCUUCCAGCGAACCACCAUUGCUCUUUCGCUUCUCGCAGGCCUCGUGGAUGUGUUGUUUGAAGGCAUCGAGUCCGGGCCUACUACCAAUCAUGCGGCCCUCGAUUGCUGGCCGCAACCGAUGCUCGCCAAGAUGCACAUUCCUGCAGAAGCAGACGCUCAGCUGCUUCGUCAUCAGCUCUGGGUCCCGGUUGAGCCGCACUCUUCGCGCGUUGUCGCCACUCUCCUCCAGCACUUGGCGUACGACACGUUUGAAGUCAACCGCGCGCUUUCGCGGAAUAUGCUGAAUGGCCACCUGCGUGCCGGCCAUCUGCUUGCAGCGCUGCCUGCAGCUUCGCUCGCCUCGACCUCGGACGCUGAUGUCCACCGUUCUGCCUCUGAAGCUACGUUCAGCUCCCGCUCGACCUCGUCCUCGACAAGCUCGGAAUUCUCUCCCUCCGUCCUGUCGGGUCUCGAGCAGGCCUGCUCGUUGCGCGCGGCUACCAGCGAUUCUGGAGUGCAACGCGUUGCUACUCUAUUCAAGCUCCAACAUGGCGCGUCUGUGGAGGACUCGCGGCAAUUCCUCGCUCGGCUUGUGGCGAUGGGCGCAGCACAGGUCGAUGCACUUCGAAGUGAUUCGCAUGCGACCUGCAGUAGCACAUCGCCGCACGGUGUCCUUGCUUGUUUGCAUGCAUGUCUGCAGCACGUGGCGUGGGGCCGCGUCUUUGGCUCCGAUGCCUGCGAGCAAACGCGCUGGAGCGAGUGGCUUGCUGCGUUGCUCUCCGUGGUCGAACAGAUGGUUCCCGCGGCGCUCGACUCACUUGCCAUUAAUGAUGCCAUCACUGCUACUAUGGCUGGUGAGGCUGCCGAGGAUGAAGCAGCUUGCGACGACGAUGAUCUCCAAGACGAGUCGAACGAUCAACACAUUAUUGUCCGCACAUCCAUUUGGUUGACGCUACGAACGAUCUGCGACUUGCUGGGCGCCCUUGUUGAAGCCAUCGGGCUUCCCAACGAGACAGCACAGUCACUGAGCGGUGUCUUGUCCCUCUCCGUUGCUCAGGUUCGCUGGAUUGGGCGAAUCUACCUGCAAAUCCUCACGUCGGUGCGGCACCGCGGCAUUGUCGAGCGUGGUAGCGAAGCCUUUGCGAAUUUGUGCCAACAGCUUCUCGCGACCGGCCGGGUUUCCCUUGUCACACUACCGUGCGAGUGGCUCGUAAGCAUCCUGCACACGCUGGAAGGAGUCCAGGUCUCGGUGACUCGCCGUUCUGCGGGGUACCCGUUUGUCAUUGCAUCCAUUCUCGCUGCACUCGUAAAGCACCACUAUGUUUUGCCCGUUGUGUCGCCCGCCUUGGUGUUGGGCUCGUCGGCGUCGGCGUCCGCAAGCGCAGAAGGCUCUGCUGACGAUCUGCUCAGCCGGGUCGUGACAUCCCUGUUUGCCCUGGCGUCCAAACCCGUGAGCCUCGAUGCUGACCAAACCGUCGAUCUGGUUCAAGUCCAUGCGCUGAAUGUGCUACGCGCUCUGUUCGCCGAUAGCAGUCUCAGCGCCUCGCACAUGCAGCGGUUUUGUGCGCACGGAAUGGUGGUGGCGUUGGAGGGGCUGUGCUCUCCCAGUUGGGCAGUCCGGAAUAGCAGCACGAUGCUCGCAUCAGCGCUCACCUUUACGCUCGUCACCUUGACUCGGCUCAACCAAGACGAGUCGCGUGCCCAGCGCAUCUCGCCCGCCGUGUUGUUUGCUCGCUAUCCCGCGUUGCUCCCGCAGCUCCGCGACCUUCUGCUCAAGCACCAGCAGCCCGACCAGCCGCUUCGAGAGCAGUCCAGCAUGCAGAGCGCGUUGGUCUUGCUUGGCAAGCUCGGCUCCGACGUGGAUCCUUCGGACAUUCCCGGGGCGCUGGCCAACGACAUUCUCGACUUGCGCGAUGUCAUUGCCUUUGCUCGGAAAUCCCCCAUCCAAGCUGUGAGGAUUGCAGCGGCUCAAGCUACAGUUGCGCUGACGCCCGUCAGCGAUCGUCCUCAGCUUUGCAUCAACGUCCUCGAAAUGUUGCAGGUGCUGGCAAGUGUUCGCACCAGCUCGAACGAGUUGCAUGGGCUGCUCUUGCUCUUGGACGCGGCGCUCACGACAACGUUGCCCGAUUUCGUCACGCGCGCGUUCUUUGCCCCAGCGCACGCCACGAUGUCGCCGUUCGAGCUGAUGCAGCAGCUGACAGCCCAGCAGUCCACACUCGUCUCGCUCGCCACCACGGGCAGUCGGGAGUGUGCCACGUUGAGAUUUGGGGCUGUGGCGGCGCUGCGGAAUAUUGCCGUUGCCUGUCGCGCACUGUCAACGGCCGCGCGGAUGGCUGCAGUCGGACUGUCCAUUCCAACGUUGCCUCUGCAGGCGCUCUCCGAUAGCAUGUGGGGCGCUUCCGCUCACGCGCUUUGCGCCAGUCCCACGGCCAGCGUUCGCGCAGUACUGCCGCAUCAUCCGCUGCAGCAGCGCAUUUACGCCACCGUACUGGUGGAUGUGUUGGUGGACGAGUUGUCGCGGUCUGCCUCCUCCAAUGGCACUGGAAGCGGUCAAGUCGAGUCCGCGCUGUGGUGCCUGCAAACGCACACACUGCAACUGCUGCCGGCCUCGAGUCUCCCCACCCCAACAACGACCCGAACGCCCAAGACGACCUCUUCCGAGUUGGUCCUUCAAAUCGUCGCGUUUCUGUUCACCUACUCUGGCGAAGAUGGCUUGAUGGCGGCUCUGGAUGACCUUUCGGAUGCGCUCGAAGCUGCACGCACACCUGGCGUGCGAUUUGUGCGAGAUGCAACACAACAGUGGCGUUUGGAUGACGUCUAUAUGCUUGUCUGCAACCUCAUCCAGGUGGCGCAUCGUAAUCCCAACCACGACCUGGCUUGGACUGAAAAGGUGUUCAAGCUGCUCAAUCUUCUACUCACCUACCCGGGCUUCCUCUCCUGGGUGUCGAGUGAGCCGCUUGCUGCUGCAAACUUUCAGGCUCUGCUCGACAGCUUGCUCUCGCACAUCAAGCAAGCUCUCCUGCAAGCCGCUGCCAUUCCGGUCCCGCACGCUGGCUGCGCCCUGACAAGAGUGCUCUUGCCGGUCUUGUCCACGCUGUGCGUGCUGGACGGGACUGGUGGUCCUGUGUGCACCGAUGCCUUCCGUCUCUGGCUUGAGCGAGUCGGGUGGUGCAUGGAUGACGAACAGCCACUGUAUCUGCGGUCGUCUGCGAUUGAGGCGCUGAAUACUGUAUGGAGCUUUGCGUGGGCUCGUGCUGCGGCCGCUGCUGCCAGCUCUGACUUUGUUCAAAUGUGGCUGGUUUGUAUUCGUGGCCUCCUUGACGAUGAUGAAGACGUUCGUGUUGCGACGUGCAACACGCUUGCUCGGACGCUUCGAGCGCUCGAUCUCGAAGCCACCCUGCCGCUUGUCAAGAACAGUGAUUCGAUGCUCAAGGUUGCUUUGUCGCACUACAUGGCCACCUGUGAGGCUCUGCUUCCUCCAGACUCUGUCAACACCUGGUUGAGCGCGCUGUUCGAAUUGACUCUCCCUCCUGCGUCUGUGGCAUCCGAUCUGGAUGAUCUCAGUCUGCAAAUGUCGACCGUUGGUUUCAAUGCAGGGUCUCAGCAACGCGCGCCCGAGCGGGCUGCUGCUGUCUUUUUCCGCGAAAAGUCAAACAUGCAUCGAGAAGACGCGGUGCUCGCUCGCUCCGUUCGAAACGCUGUGCAAGAACGCCUCGAACAGAACGCUGAUCUCUUUGCUGCCAGUGUUUUACCGCUCGAACCGAUCCAAUCUUUCUUUGCUCGAACGCUCGGAUGGUUUGAAGAACACGGGCCGCUGCUCUUUUCCGACUCUGCGCUGGUCUCAUCGCUUCUCCGCCCUUCUGAGGCGUUUGUUCGAGUCACGUCGCGUGUGGUUGAGCUCUGUUCCGUUGUCCAAAUCCUAGCUACCAGUCAGCCUUCGAGUGUGUGGGUGUCCAUCCAUCAGCAAGUUGAAUCUCUCGUUCCGCAGCUGCUUCGGACGCAGAACAACCCUUGAGCAAGUCUAAGCGUGAGCAUAUGCAGCUCGCUCAAGGGCGACAACUGACAUCGACGUACUGCUAUCCCCCAAAUGAUAAGCCUUAUGUUUUAUGUUUUAUGUUUGAUGUUUUUCGUUUCCCAAACACAUUUUCCAAACAA